UUAGUUGAGGAAAACGAACUACACACACAAAAAAACGUUGUCUUUGUACAUAAAUCUGAAAUUCAAAAUCAAGAUGGUUUUCUUCGCAAAUUGUGGGGAAAAAUUCCUGGUAGUAAUUUUGGUUGUCUUUUUACUCUGUUCUACUGAAAUUCAGGCGAAGUCUCGAGUCCCAAUCACGGAUACGGAGAUUCGAGAGAAGAAAAACGAGUGCUAUUCAGACAUACAGAGUGGAAUGUGGGGUGAACAAUGCCAAUCUUCAAAAGUAGCUACGGAGAAUUGCGCUUUGCGAUGCCUGUCCCCGAUUUGUUACGAGCUCAUCUACGAAAGCGAUCCGUUGGAAGAAGGGGAAAAGGAUUUCACUAGGAGUUCAGAGUACAAGUACUGCAUGCACAAGGUAUCUCUUGGAGAAAACUUAGACGGUAUUAGAGGUACCUUUGACAUGUAGCCGAAUUUCCACUUCACUAAAUCCAAAAAUACGACACGGGUGCAGAAGAAAGCAGAAACAAUUGUGUUAUUACUACCUAGGAUUCGUCCUCGUUUGACGAAUGUAGAGUUAAAUCUUGGAAGUGUGUGAUGAACAAAUGCUCUACUAUUUGUUCCGUGUUUCAUAUGUUUCAUGUUUUCUGUAUUAUAUACGAUGCAAAAUCGACCGGUGUGCGGAAUAUACCACAAUAUUCCAUUCCAUUUUCUGGUUUA